UAGCCCAGGCUAGACCCAAAUUCACAGAUUCAUUUGUCUCUGCCUCUUGAGUGAUAAUAUAGCUUGGCUUCUUUCAGUCAGCCUAAUUCUUUAGCAAAUCAGAUGUUGAGUAGGUUCUGUGUGGGAGGAAUUCAGUUAAGCACUAUGGAAUCUUAGGGUGCUAAGCUCAGGAAGCACAAAGAGUGGGGGUGGAGAGAGUAGAGUGAGUGGCAGGACUCCUGGGCUCCUACUUGGCCACCAAGGCAGAGGCAGAAGAUGAGAAAGUGGCCAGGAAGAAGGGUGGCACUUUGGCAUGCCUAUGUUGAGGUGGGUGGUAGGCUCUGAGCACUGAUCCAAACAUGGAAAAGGCAGAUGCAAAUCCAGGCCUGGAAUCAGGACGGGGCUGGCCUGAAGCCAUGGCUUCCUCAUUCCUGCUACCCUAACAAGAUGGCACAGAUGGACGAAUGGAGAGCUGGAUAAAUGACAAGAGAUUUCUUUCAGCUCUGGAGGCUGGAAAGUUCAAGGUCAAGCUAGCCAACAGGUUUGGUGUGUGGCCAGUCCCUUACAGCGGCACCCUCCCAGUGUCCCUGCGCAUGGGAAGAAGACGGAGUAGGACAGAACAGUCCAGCUUGUUCCCUGGGCCCUUUGGUAAAAGUACUAACCCACUCCUGGAAGCUGGUUAACUACCCCUAAACGACUUGAUUGUUAUUAUGACUACACCGGUCUUGAGCUUCAGCUUAUGAACUUUGGAGGGACACAGACAUCCAAACCACAUCUGGGAUGGGUUUCACCUGACCAUGAGGGAAGGGGCUGUGCUUAUUUGCAGAGUCCUCGGAUGAGGCACACGAGGGCCAAACAUCAGCGAAAGGCCAGCGAGAAAGGGUGUAGAUCGUUUGGGGCCUAGAGGAGGACAGGAAGAGGACCUCUCAGCCUAGGCCGAGGACUCCCUUUCCAUACUGUGCCCUGAAAUGUCAUCAGUCUGGGGCUUCUAAGGCUCCAUUUGGUUGAAUGAGUGAGGUUCCUCAGCCUGAGGUCCUCUGGGCAUAGAGCAGGGCUGUGCCCUGUGCUUCUUACAGCUUGAAGGUCUGUAGCCAGAGGUGCCACGGGUGGUAUGCCAAGACGAGAACUGGACAAUGAGAGGAAAAGAACUCUGCCAAGUGUCUCCACAGAGAGCGCCGACCCCGCACUGGGUUUCCUUGGCAAAGGCUGGCUCAUGUUAUGCUAAGAUGGCACAGCUGCCCAUUAGGCAAAAAGUUGGGGCCUCCCAGGAAUCAGCCUCUCCCCAUUCAUCUCUCAGUUUAUUUAUUCAUGAUGAUGAUGAUGAUGAGGAGGAGACAGGUUCUCACUAUGUAGCCUUGGCUAGCCUGAAGCUCGCUAUGUAGACCAGGCAGGCUGGCCUCUUAGCGCAUACCUAGCUCAGCCUCCUGAGUGCUGGGAUUAAAGGCUCCCAUUUAACAUGAAGGCUCUCAUUCCGAAACAAGUUAGAGUGUGGUGGGUGGCAGGGUUUGCAGGAGAUGCCAGUCAUUAACUCUUGUAUCACAGGUGGGCAAACUGGGGUUCCUCAAAGUAACAAGGCAGCCUAAGGUCGUUGGUUCUCCAGCCCUCCUGCAUUGGCGCUGCAAACAUGUCACACCAGGACAGUAGCACCAAAGAGGCGGAGAGUGUUGGUGGUAGUGGGCAGGUUUCAGUACCUACUCUUCAAUCAAACCCACCAAACUCCCCUCCAGCUUUCCUAAGUUGUCCUUCAGGGGCUAAAGAAGUCGCUGGGAUGCAAUAUGGGCGACUAUCCUCGAAGCUGCCUCGUUCUCCCCAACAGUAAAACAAAACGGGGAACUAGUUCCCUAUGCAGUUUCCAGGGACUUGUUCCGGGAUGCCCUUCUGUCGGGGACGACUGCCCCAGCCAGAGGCGGGGUUGGAGCCGGGGUCCCGUGCCUUUGAAGUCCAUUAUUCUCUUCCCAGCUAGGUAUUCACAGAAAAGCAAAGCACCUUGGGCCACUUGGCCUUUCCAUUUGCCUAGCCUGCUCAAGUUGCGGCUGGAUAUUGUGGACCCUGGCGCUUCCAGGUCCAGGAAAACGUGGAGGAAGAGGGUAGAAGCCCGGUCGGACCCGGGACCCGCCUCACAGAGCCCCGCCCUCUUUCGGCCUCGGGGCGGGGCCCUGCCGGGGCUGCCCGCGGAGAAGCCCAGCGGCGGAGAUCUGGCACUCGCUUGGAACCAGCGAGCUCGGCAAAGGCCUGAGGCGUCCUGAGACCUUCACUCGGUCCCGCUCGACCCUCGGAGGCCUUCGGGUUGGCGAGCCGGCCCCUCAGCGUGGGCCAUUUCCGAGGCACGUGGUUUCCAAGGCCCCCGCCGGGUUUGAGAAAAGUUUAUGGUUCGGGUCACAGCAGAAGGUAUACCGUUGCGGGAGGGCACCCACUGGAGACAGCAUCGUACCUCCUUCGGAGCGAGCGUGGGUCGGAAGACCGGCGUUUUCCCUGAAACUCUUUCGGAUAGAUGCACGAUGUGGCAACAGCCGACCGCAAAUCACAGGUCACCACUGCACUCCUAAAAGACAGAGACGUCAAGCCGCUUCUAAAGCCCCUGGAGUGUUCACCCGCCUCUCAGACGGGCGUGCACUCCCAGGCCCGCACAGCUCCUAGUCCCUGAUCGGCGUCAUCGUCGCCCUCGGCAACACUCCCCGAGUCUGGUCCCUUUAAGGCACCCUAGCGCCUUGGUCGUUUUGGUUUCGCGCGCCCGCCCGCAGCGCCGGCAGAGCGACCAUGGCCCGGGCGGCGCGCGUUGCUUGGAUUCUGGGCUUGAGCCGGUGUGCCCUGGCGGAGGGGCCGCGCACACGACCCUGGCCGCCAAUCUCGGCGCAGAGCUGGGCGGGCUUCACUAGGGCUGCGGCAGGAAGCCCGGGCCCCGCGGUCGGCAAGGGGAGCCCGCGGUUGUUGGGGGCGGCGGCGCUGGCCCUGGGCGGCGCGCUGGGGCUGUACCACACCGUGCGGUGGCACCUGCGCGCCCAGGACCUCCGCGCCGAGCGCUCGGCUGCGCAGCUGUCCCCAUCCAGCCACCUGCAGCUGACCCUGUACCAGUACAAGACAUGUCCCUUCUGCAGCAAAGUCCGUGCCUUCCUCGACUUCCACUCCCUGCCCUAUCAGGUAGUGGAGGUGAAUCCUGUCAGAAGGACUGAGAUCAAAUUCUCCUCCUACAGGAAGGUGCCCAUCCUGGUGGCCCAGGAAGGAGACAGCUUGCAACAGCUGAAUGACUCCUCAGUCAUCAUCAGCGCCCUCAAGACCUACCUGGUUUCAGGGCAGCCCCUGGAAGAGGUCAUCACCUAUUACCCACCCAUGAAGGCCAUGAAUGACCAGGGCAAGGAGGUGACCGAGUUCUGCAACAAGUACUGGCUCAUGCUGGAUGAGAAGGAGGCCCAGCAGAUGUAUGGCGGGAAGGAAGCCAGGACGGAGGAGAUGAAGUGGCGGCAAUGGGCAGAUGACUGGCUGGUGCAUCUCAUCUCCCCCAAUGUGUACCGAACACCUGCGGAGGCCCUGGCUUCCUUCGACUACAUUGUCCGUGAGGGAAAGUUUGGGGUUGUGGAGGCCACCAUGGCCAAGUAUGUGGGUGCAGCUGCCAUGUACCUCAUCAGCAAGCGCCUCAAAAGCAGGCACCACCUGCAGGAUGACGUACGUGCAGACCUCUAUGAGGCAGCCAACAAGUGGGUGACAGCCGUGGGCACGGACCGGCCGUUCAUGGGGGGUCAGAAGCCUAACCUUGCUGACCUGGCAGUGUAUGGUGUGCUGCGAGUGAUGGAGGGUCUGGAGGCUUUUGAUGACCUGAUGCGACACUCACGAAUCCAGCCUUGGUACCUACGGAUGGAGCAGGCCAUUGAGGAAGCCCCCUCAGUGCACUGAGCCGCAGAGGCUAGCUACUGAGGGGCUAAGACCUCCUGACCAGCCAGUCCCUGGCCGUGCUGGUAGGGGCCAGAGUCAUUUUGUCUUUGGUCCACCCAGCCCCCUGGCCCUCUACUGGACAUUUCUAGGGACCUUGACACUGGGGACAAGGCCCAGGCUCACAGCUAUUCUGAGGUCAGGGGUCACAGAGGACAACCCUCCAACCCCAGUUCUAGAAGCCUGCUCUCCCAACGGGGAUUCCUUUUCAACUCUCCCCGGGCUCAGUGGCUCCUUGUUGGCAAGAAUCAGACUGGCUCCCACCCUGGACAAGGGGAGGGCAGUCUGCAUUAGGGAAGGCCCUGUCCCCAUGUCUCCUGGUUCCAGCUCUUCCCAGGUACUCCUGGGACUCUUGUAUUUGCAAUAAAGGAGAGGUCUGCUGCUCCCCUC